UUAAUGGCGAAAACGUACGAUUACCUGUUCAAACUGUUGCUCAUCGGGGACAGCGGGGUCGGGAAGACAUGUCUGUUGUUCAGGUUCAGCGAGGACGCGUUCAACACCACCUUCAUAUCAACAAUAGGCAUCGACUUCAAAAUCAGAACGAUAGAGCUGAACGGCAAGAGGGUCAAACUCCAAAUUUGGGACACGGCGGGGCAGGAGAGGUUCCGGACGAUAACCACAGCUUACUACAGAGGGGCCAUGGGUAUCAUGUUGGUCUAUGACAUCUGCAACGACAAGUCCUUUGAAAACAUACAAAACUGGAUCAGAAACAUUGAGGAGCAUGCGUCGUCUGAUGUUGAGAAGAUGAUCUUGGGUAACAAAUGUGACAUGGCUGACAGAAGACAGGUGUCCAAAGACAGAGGUGAAAAAUUGGCUAUUGAGUAUGGAGUUAAAUUCAUGGAAACCAGUGCGAAGACCAGUUUGAAUGUAGAGGAGGCCUUUUAUACCAUGGGUAGAGAUAUACUGCAUAACCUGAGCAAAAAGACAACUGACAGCAAUCAACCAGGAAUAGGGGGCCAUGUCACAAUCACAGAGAAGAAAUCGAAGAGAUUGAAAUUCUUCAAGUGUUCACUUCUCUAGGCCGACUAUCUGCAAGUGUUGCCG